CUUUUGCCGGUGGCUCCAUUUCUGGUUUUCUUUGGGGAGGGGGCUAGUGCCAGCGGCUGUGUGUGUUGUGGCCCUGUGUACCCGUGUCCUGGCCGGGCCCACACCCCCUGUGUCCUAACCCCUCUCCCUCCUCCCUCAGCUCGCCUCACCGGAGGCCAGAUGUGCCGUCCACACUUGUUGCACAGCCCGGGGCUGCCGUGGCUGGACGGGGGUAAAGCAGCCCUCUCCGCGGCCGCAGCGCACCACCACAACCCCUGGACCGUGAGCCCCUUCUCCAAGACUCCGCUGCCCCCCUCGGGUGCUGGAGGCCCCGGAGGCCCCCUCUCCGUGUACCCAGGGGCGGGGGGCGGGAGCGGGGGAGGCAGUGGGGGCUCGGUGGCCUCCCUCACCCCCACUGCCGCCCACUCUGGCUCCCACCUUUUCGGCUUCCCACCCACGCCGCCCAAGGAAGUGUCUCCUGACCCCAGCGCCACGGGGGCUGCCUCCCCAGCCUCCUCCUCCGCAGGGGGUAGUGCUGCCCGGGGGGAGGACAAGGAUGGCGUCAAGUACCAAGUCUCCCUGGCCGAGAGCAUGAAGAUGGAAAGCGGCAGCCCCCUGCGCCCAGGCCUGGCUGCCAUGGGCACCCAGCCUGCCACACAUCACCCCAUCCCUACCUACCCCUCCUACGUGCCGGCUGCCACCCACGACUACAGCAGCGGACUCUUCCACCCUGGAGGCUUCCUGGGUGGCCCUGCCUCCAGCUUCACCCCUAAGCAGCGCAGCAAGGCACGCUCCUGCUCAGAAGGCCGGGAGUGUGUCAACUGCGGGGCCACAGCCACUCCUCUCUGGCGGCGAGACGGCACCGGCCACUACCUGUGCAAUGCCUGCGGGCUCUACCACAAGAUGAACGGGCAGAACCGGCCGCUCAUCAAGCCGAAGCGGAGGCUGUCUGCUGCUAGGAGAGCUGGCACCUGUUGUGCAAAUUGUCAGACGACAACCACCACCUUAUGGCGCCGAAACGCCAAUGGGGACCCUGUCUGCAAUGCCUGUGGCCUCUACUACAAGCUGCACAAUGUGAAUAGGCCACUGACCAUGAAGAAGGAAGGGAUCCAGACUCGGAACCGGAAGAUGUCCAACAAGUCGAAGAAGAACAAGAAGGGGGCAGAGUGCUUCGAGGAGCUGUCCAAGUGUAUGCAGGAGAAGGCCUCCCCCUUUAGCGCUGCCACCCUGGCCGGACAUAUGGCACCUGUUGGCCACCUCCCACCCUUCAGCCACUCGGGACACAUCUUGCCCACCCCAACACCCAUCCACCCCUCCUCCAGCCUCUCCUUUGGCCACCCCCACCCAUCCAGCAUGGUGACCGCCAUGGGCUAGGGACAGCCCUCCACGAAUGGACAGAUGGAUGCAGAGGAAGGUGGCCUGCAGCUGAAGGCUGGGUGCUCCAAGGAUGGGUGAACCAAAACCUUACCUGUCUGCCCUUCCCCAAAGACUGAUGCUUCUCCUGUCAGCCCAGCCCGAGCCCCAUGCUGCCCUACCUGUGGGUGCUCUGCUCGGCAGUCGCCGGUCACUAUGAAGAUUCUUACUGGGGCUGAGGGGUGGCCUCAGCCCAGCUGCUACCCAGGUGGGGUUUCCAUCACGGACAAUUGUUGGAGAGCAGAAAGGACAACUUUAUGAAGAGCGGAGGAGGGAGUAGGGGACAAACAAAGGAAACCAUUUUUAGAAGGAAAAAGGAGUAAGCAGAAAUAACUUAUUUCACUCUUGUUUCUCGCAAGGACUGGGAGAGGUCUGAGCUGCCCCAGGUGCUCCUGGUCUUCCUCCGCUUGGCCUGUCAUCCACUUGCCAGGGCUCCGGGGGCAGAUCUGUGAGGGACUUAGCCCACACCUUCUCCUGGGGCUUCCGGCUCUGAGAUGCUGAACCCCAGGCUGGGCCUCGCCAAUCUAGAGGGGUCAUGGCCUAUGGGAGGCUGAGCCAGUGCGUGCCCUGCUGAUGGGCCCUGGAGGGCAGAGACAAUCACAGUCCUACAUAGAUUCCCAGGCCAGGGCUGGGUCACAGGAAGGAAACAACAUUUUCUUGCGAGGGGAAAUGUCUCCCAGCUCGCCGCUCCCCUGGCUCUGAGGCUGAAGCUGGUGUGGUCUGUGUCCCCUUCACAGCCGAGCUACCGCCUGCCUCCUCUGCCAGGUGGACCCCUGUACAUACAUCCUUUUUCUGCUAACCCCUCGACCCCCUUCCCUCCCACUAUGAGACAAAAGAAAAAAUAUUUUAAAAGACUGCAUAAGCUUAACUCGCUGAUGAGUUGUUUUAUUUUUAAACUCUUUUUGGGUCCAGUCAAACGUACUUCGCCACAGAAGCCUUUCUUAUGGAAAGGAAUAAAACCUACAAAUCAAG